AGCGCGCUUAAAGGACCUUCGGCCUGGCAGCCAGUGUUCGGCUGCACUAGGACGGUGCACUGCACCGCCGCUCCCAGGCGGCCUGGAUCGUGGCUUUCCCGACCUCACAGGUGACACACGGGGCCAGUAACUGACCCUCGGCCUGCACAUGCCAGUGUCACUCAGGAGGAAUGGCAGUUGCAGGCAGCAUGCUUGGAUUGCUGCGGCAGCAGGUGGUGAUGGGGGCUGCCCCUGUGGGCCGCUGCCUGCACGUGUCCUUCCAUCAGGCUGAUAGCAGCAGAGCUUCACUCACUCGUGUGCACAGACAGGCCUAUGCACGCUUCUACCCUGUGCUCUUGGUCAAGCAGGAUGGCUCCACCAUCCACAUCCGCUACCGGGAGCCCAGACGAAUGCUGGUGAUGCCCAUGGACCUGGAUGCCCUGUCCCCAGAGGAGAGGCGGGCACGGUUCCGAAAACGUGAGGCCCAGCUCCGAGGGAAGGAGAAGGAGCCAGAGCUCCUUGAUGACUUUGACUUGGAGCGGUACAAGCAGUUUUGGACCAAAAAGUGACCAUGCCCACAAGCUGUCCUGGCUCAGGAGGCUGUAGAGAGGGAGGGGCAUUCAUCUUUAAAUUAAGCAUCAGGAUUGUAAA